UGCCGGGGAGCGGGGCCGUGCCGGGGCCAUGUCGGCGCGGACGCUGCCGCUGCUGUUCCUGAACCUGGGCGGGGAGAUGCUCUACAUCCUGGACCAGCGGCUUCGCGCCCAGAGCAUCCCCGGAGAGAAGGCGCGCAAAGUUAUGAACGACAUCAUCACCACCAUGUUCAACAAAAAAUUCAUGGAGGAGCUGUUCAAACCCCAGGAUCUGUAUUCCAAGAAAGCCCUGCGCACCGUGUACGACCGGCUGGCUCACGCCUCCAUCAUGAGACUGAACCAGGCCAGCAUGGACAAGCUCUACGACCUCAUGACCAUGGCCUUCAAGUACCAAGUGCUGCUGUGCCCUCGGCCCAGGGACAUUCUGCUGGUCACAUUCAACCACCUGGAUGCCAUCAAGGAUUUCAUCUCCGACUCCCCUGGCAUUCUGAACCAGGUGGAUGAGACCUUCCGGCGGCUGAUUGAAACCUACAACUGUCUCUCUGAUGGUGAAUUCCAGCUCAUCAGGCAAACACUUCUCAUUUUCUUCCAGGACAUGCACAUCAGGGUCUCCCUCUUCCUGAAGGAUAAAGUGCAGAACUCGAAUGGUCAUUUCGUGCUGCCAAUCUCAGGGCCUGUCCCAUGGGGCACAGAGGUGCCAGGGCUCAUCAGGAUAUUCAAUCAUAAAGGAGUGGAAGUUAAAAGGACUGAGUUCACCACUGCUGGAAAUUAUGUUACUCCACAAAGGGAAGGAUCUUUUGAGCUUUAUGGAGACAGAGUCCUCAAACUUGGAACAAAUAUGUACAGUGUGACCCGGCCAGUGGAGACACACAUGUCGGGGUCAUCCAAAACUCUGGCAUCCCAGGCAAAGGAGAACAUAGCCCCCAACCCUCUUGCUAAAGAAGAGCUGAACUUUCUGGCCCGGCUGCUGGGAGGUUUGGACAUCCAAAAACCUGCUGGUGGCGACACAGGAUUUCGGCUGAAUUUGUUCACAACCGAUGAGGAGGAAGAACAUGCUGCACAGACCAGACCAGAGGAGUUGUCCUACAAGGUUAUCAACAUUGAAGCCACACAGGAGCCGGGGCGGCGAGCGGAGCUGUCCCGUAUCCUGGGCGAGCUGGAGGUGGCGGAGCCGCGCCCGGGCAGCGCCGAGAAGGGCGAGGACCUGCUGGCACUGAUGGACGGGCUCUGA